ACGGGACGGAGGUAGAGAAGAAGAUUGCAACAUUGCAGUCAGAGGAGGAGGAGGAUCUGUGUGAACCGAGCAGAGCGGUGUGAGUGAAAGCGAAGUGGAAACUUUACUGUGACUCAGUUGAGCGGAAGUGGAGCUGGAGUGAAGUCAGAGUGAACAACAGGUGUGAGUUUCUGGUUGUUGUGUGACUUUAAAGGCUCUGAAGUGGUUCUCAUUACGAGGAGAGAAGUUUGUUCGUCGGUUAGAAGAGCAGAAACAAACAUGUCAAAGCUCCGACCCAGACUGUGUGUGCUGGAGAAGAGCUCCAGCGGCUACGGGUUCCACCUGCACGGCGAGAAGGGCAAGACCGGCCAGUUCAUCCGCCUCGUGGAGUCCGACACCCCGGCCUCCGAAGCGGGGCUCCUCGCCGGAGACCGCCUGGCCUUCGUGAACGGGGAGAGCGUGGAGGGCGAGAGCCACCAGCAGGUGGUCUCCAGGAUCCGGGCCACCGCCGGGGCUCUGGAGCUGGUCGUGGUGGACGCAGAGACGGCCGAGCUGCUGAAGAAACACAACCUGCAGUGCCGGAGGGAGUACGCCACGGAGGGGGUUCCCAUACCCGGCGGGGACAGCGACUCUGGCAGCGGGGGGGACCCGCAGAGCAACGGGAGCAGCCCGAGAGAGGCCACCACCCCAGUCCCGGUCCCGCGGGAGAACGGGGACGCGUCCUCGGAGAGGUCGGACAGGUCGGAGAGGCUGAGUGUCAGCUCCAGCACCAAGGAGGAGGAGAGAGGCGGUCUGCGGCCUCGUCUCUGCCACAUGAAGAAGGGAACCACAGGCUACGGCUUCAACCUGCACAGUGAAAAGUCCAAACCAGGCCAGUUCAUCAGAGCCGUGGAUGAAGACUCUCCAGCACACAGAGCAGGCGUCAGACCACAGGACAAGAUCGUCCAGGUUAAUAGCAUGUCAGUGGUCGGCAUGCAGCACUCAGAGGUGGUUGCAGCCAUCAAAGCAGGAGGAGACGAGACCACGCUGCUGGUGGUGGAUGCAGAGACUGACGAGUUCUUUAAGAGAUGCAACGUCCUGCCCGCUGAGGAACACGUCACCGGACCUCUUCCUGAGCCAGCGUCAGAGAGAGCAUCAGAGGAGGAAGUGGUGAAGCCUAAAGUGUCGGUGAGCUCGUCAGCCUCCAGUGCCUCCUCCAACGCCUCCCUGCCGGCAGCGACCAGCAGCCCCCCACAACCUGCAAAGGUUACCCCGGCCCCGGCCCCGCCAGCUGACGGCCUCGGUCUGGGCAUGUCACUGGCCCAGGCCAAAGAACGAGCCAAGCAGAAACGAUUGGCCAAGAAAGCCCCGACCAUGGACUGGAGCAAGAGGAACGAACUGUUCAGCAACUUAUAAAACCCCAUCAGGUCCGUGUCCUCAUGACUCCCGUCUCUACUGCCCCGUGUCUCGUCUCUGGAUUCGCUCUUUACUUCGACAGACGAUGUUCAUUUAAACUGUUAAACAGUAUUAUUUGUUGAUUUUAUUUGUUUUAAUUUAGUUUUUUGCCUAGAGUUGUUCCGAUACCAGUAUCAGAAAUGCCUCCGAUACUGCCCCCAAAUUUGUCAGUCUGCGCACCGAUCAGAUACCAGGGUUUCCGCCGGGUCUGAGAUGACUCCCCCGCCAGGCCAAAACAUCUGUUAGUUAUGUAUUUUUAAGAUUUUUGUUUUAAACUAAAAUGCGUUAUACAAGUAGCAAACUCCUUUAAGGAGUAACUAAGUGCGUAGGUCGUGUGCUUAACGUUAGCGUGAGUGUCGGUGUUUGUGGUAAAGAAGUUGGCCGUAACUAGCGGUGAGCGUAGCAGUGCAGUGUGUACAGUUCAGGCUAUAGACGGUAAAUAAAUGCUACAACUCCUCAAGACACGAGCCAAGUUCCCAUGUCUUGUAGGGUUUUUCCACACAUGACUUGGCGCGUCGGGAUUUACGUCUCCGUUACUACAGAGCUACCUGCUCGAGGAUGUGUGUGUAACCACGGCUGUGACUAGCGCUCAAAAGAGCGGCUGUAAAACGGUGAAAGACACAUUUCAUUUCCUAUAUAUUCUUCACAAUAAAAGUCCCCCGUUAUAUUAUUAUUUAAAAGCUUUUAUUAUGAAGCAGCAAAAUCAGGAAAUGUUGGUUUUCAUCAGCAGCAACUUAGCACGACUCGUACAGUAGGAGAUUCAGUUAGAAGCUACAAAAGUACAUCAUGUCACAUCCACACAUGGUCAGCAGUAAACAGCUGUUAUAAUAAAAUAAUAACUGUUUUUUUUUUUUUAUCAUGCUGGUAUCGAAUCGGUACUCAGUAUCGGCCGAUACCACAAGUUCAGCUAUCGGAAUCAGUAUCGGGAAGGGUAAAAAGAAUGGUAUCGGAACAUCUCUAGUUUUGCCACUUUUCUUCAUGUUUUAAUAAUGGUUGAUGUCACACACGGGAAUGAAUGUUAAUAUAUUAAGAAGAAUGUUUAAAAGAAAAAUAGUAAUGUACAGUUUCUCAUAUGAAAAGGACCAUGUAAGGAAUAAUAAUGGGGCACAGUCAAGAUUUUAAAUCUACAGUCUAAAAUGAAUGUCAGAUUUUGAUGUCUGCAAUCAGCAACUAGAAUAGAAAGAUUAUCCGUUUUCUCUCGUCAGUACCUGUGAAUGAUCAAUGCUGAAUACGUCUCCUGAGCCCUUAUUGCCAACAGAACCAUUCCAUGACGAUAGGUUUUUAGUGUUUUUAAUCAUCACCAUCAGAUCAGAAUGAUAAAAAGUCUUAAGAUGGUUGAAGGGACUUUGUAGUUUGUAGAGCGGUGAAAGCUCCUUUAGCCUUUCUGGAAACUUCUUGGUCUGUCUUUCCCUCCAGGGUUUUCUGUCAUGGUUUUAUGAUUCAAGGAAAUUACAGAUAAUUUUUUUUCAUGUUGCUCUUGAUGGAUGAUUGUACAUACACGAGUAAAUGAUUAAAGAGGACAUUUUUAUUUUGACUGACGUGAGAGAAAUGAAGCUCCUCAGUUAAAGUUGUGUUGAUUCUGCUGAAAUUGCAGGAAUUUUUAAGCCGCAUCAGUCGGUCCGAGCAUCGACGACACAUUAAGACUUUUACCAUGUGAAGAUAUAAAAUGUGAAGGCUGUACUGAUGCUGGCUCUGUGCUGUAGAAAUGUAUUGAUGAGCAUUGACAAAUAUAACAUUUGGAUCAAAUGGAA